UGUGUGUGUGUGUGAGGUGGGGGGAUGAAGUGUAAAAACACAACCACAUACACUCCACCAGGAGAACUGUGUCAGGCAGAAACGUCCAGUGAGCUCAGUUAUGCGGCUGAAGGUGCAGCGUGCAGACUGAUGUGGGAUGGGGAGGAUGGACACAUGCGAGAACAUCUGGAUUGUGACUUUUAACCCACAUGGAUGCAACUGUCUGGAAAUAUCUACAGACCUCCGUUAAUCCUGGCAUGUCCCAGAUGAGAGACUACAGUAAUGACUGUCAUCACUUUCACUGUCUCUGUGCUGUGCCUGCUGCCUCAGGCGGUGCUGGCUCGGUGGGCGUGCGUCCGGGCGUGUCCGGCGUCCUGCUCCUGCACUCAGGAGAAGAGCUGCAGCGUGCUGUGCGACCGCUCCGCCCUGGCUGAGCUGCCCAAAGAGUUUCCCUGCGAGGCGUCCGCCAUCAACCUGGACAAGAACAGGCUCAAGUUCCUGUCAGAGCGGGCCUUCGGGACGCUGCCCUCCCUCAAGUCUCUGUCUCUGGACCACAACAACAUCUCCUUCAUCACUCCUGGAGCAUUCAAGGGCCUCGCCAACCUGGUGGAGCUGAAGAUGGCGCACAACGAGUACAUCAGCUACCUUCACACGCGGACGUUCACGGGCCUGAAGAAGCUGGUGCGUCUGGACCUGUCCGACUGUAACCUCUUCAACAUCCCCGACCGCAUCUUCAUAGAGCAAACGGCGCUGAAGGAGCUGCUCUGCUUCCAGAACAACUUCCGCAGGAUCCCCGGAGCCUUCAGAGGCAUGGAGAACCUGACGCACAUCUACCUGGAGAGGAACAAGAUCGAGGCCGUGGCCUACAAUUCCCUGCUGGGCCUGGGUAGUCUCAAGUACCUGAAUCUCCAGGAUAACCGCAUCAACGUGAUCCACGACCAGGCCUUCCAGGACCUGGUGCGGCUGGAGAAUUUCUAUCUCAAUGACAACCUGCUGUGUGAUCUGCCCCGGCUCGCCUUCAAGGGCCUCAGCCGCCUCAAGAUGCUCAACCUUGGGGGGAACCAGUUGACUAACGUGUCCAGGACCUGGUUCAGUGACCUGGUGGAGCUGGAGAUCCUGUACCUGGACAGGAACCAGCUGCUGUUCAUCGAGGAGGGCACGUUUGAGAACCUGACCAGCCUGAUCACGCUCCACCUGAACAGCAACAACCUCACCACGCUUCCCUUCCCCGUUUUCCAGCCCAUCUACUUCCUGGGCCGCCUCUACCUCUUCAGGAACCCCUGGGAGUGCGACUGCUCCCUGGAGUGGCUGAAGGACUGGAUGGAGAACUACAAGCUGGUGCGGGACAUCCCCUGCGCCUCACCUUCCUCCGUGGCGGGGCUGGAUCUAAGUGAGGUGGUCUUCGCCAAGGUGAACGGCACGUGCGUGGACCCCGGCGAACUCAACCUGACCACGGCCUCCUCGGAGAUCGCCUCCACCACGGAGAACCGCUUCAACAGCCUCAUCUCCAAGCUGCUCCAGCAGGAGCUCCGAGAGGAGAUGGGGAACGGCACGGAGAGCCUCCGCAACGGGACCCUGCUGGAGCCUGCAGACGGGCAGCUCUCUGCGGGCGUCACAGGGCAACGGGCCCAGACCACCCAGUCGCUCCUCUGCUUCACCGCGCUGUGGCUCCUCUUUGGUCUGAUUGGCCCGUCAGAUACUCGUGUCUGUCUUUACCGCACAUGAACCGUGGAACUGUGGGAAACAGGAAGUAGCUUUUCAAAUUGCCGAUGGGAUGAAAGAUGUUUUUGUUUAUCUGGUGACUGGUCUGAGUCUACUCUGCCAAACACAGGAUUGUGGGAUUUUUUUUUUUUUUCCUGGUUGAAAUGCAAAUCUUCAAGAAGAGCGACGGGCGGCGUUGAUGUUCACAUCAGCAGUUUAUGAACAGUAAUCUAUGAUAUUUAUAGAUGAACUGCUUAUGUAAGAGAAAUCACAGCUACAGAGGCGGGUGUUGAUUUCAAACCGUGGCGACGACGUGACGGAGAUGUAUAUGUGAGCGUGCACCUUUUUGUUGCAUAAUACUUAAUUUGAAUUAAUAUUAUGUAAUAUUCAUAGGAUUACAUAGUCUCUUACUGGUGUUUUAUUUGUAUUUUCAUCAUCACAUCUACUGUAUGUGUAAAGUCAGAGGAGAUAAGAGCUCCUAUAGUUAUCUCCUUAAACAGAUGUCCUCUCCGCUCGUGUCCAUUCAUUCAGCUCUAAAUGUUGGUUCUGCAGCUUUUUCCAUAAAUGCAUUAAUCUUCUUAUUGCAUGCGGCUCAGUGUCGUAGCUGCUUGUGUGUACUACAACGUGCUGGAGGGACUUUCUCAUCGCUUUUGCCUCCUAUGGAUGGACGGACUGAUGGAUGGAUGGACUGUUUUCCCCCUUAUGGACAUGAUCCCUCUCUGUAGAGGGGGUGUGGAGGGAGGGUGUGAUUGCCAUAUGUCAGGUUGUGGAUGGGGGGUGAGGGAACAGUGUCAAAGCAUGUCAGGAAAGCUUUCAGGUACUUAUGUUGGAAAUGAACGAGCUCUCCUUGAUUUGCAGUGAAUUCUGGGACCUGCAGAGUUGAAUAUAUCUCCACUGAUGUGCUCGAGUUUUAAAAAAAAAAGCCGCUGCUUCUGUUUUACCCUGGUGAAUGUAAGUAGUUUGGUGUUACAGCCAGUGAUCCAGUUCAGUGUGUUAUUAGACAUAAUGCUCUGUCACAAUCUAUUUUUCUAAAUAAAUAAUUAAAAAAGAAAAUGUGCGGAUGAA